GUAACGGCACCUACCUUGUGAGCUACACACCAGAAUUGAAUGGCAAGCAUGAAAUAUCCGUUACAAUCCAAGACAAACCCAUCAAAGACAGCCCCUGCAAUGUUCUCGUUAUAAACUGCCGAGGAUAUAACGAAGUUGGUUCAACGCUGAUGGAAUUUGGUCAAUACUGAUGGUUGCAAAAAAAAAGAGUUCAAGUUGCCGUUCGGUGUAGCUUGCGACCAGUCUGGCCAUAUCUAUGUCGCCGAUUGUUGCAACCAUCGCGUUCAAGUGUUUGGCACGAAAGGAGAGUUUGUGCAUUUCUUUGGCGCCCAUGGUAAAAGAAAAGGUACGGUGUCUUGUAAUUUGUAAUUUUUAUUAUUUGUAAAACGGUGACCACCAGUUUUCUCCUGUUAAAGCUCUGGGCCAAUAUAAAAGAAUGGUCAUUACUGUAUCUUUAGGAAAAACAGUUUAGAACUGAUAGAACUAUCUAUUAUAAAUAGAGUCAGUUUAGGUUAGGUUUCCUCCUGUAGUAGCACUAGAUCAAUAAGUGCAUGCAGCGAUGGCUCUUACUGGGCUUCCUGGAGCUAUAGGGAGAACAUUUUAGAUCUGUUGAAGCUAUUUACUAUAAAUAAAGUUAAUUUACUAGUUUAGAAUUAGUUUAGUUUAGGUUUCCUCCUGUAGUAACACUAGAUUAGUAAGUGAUAUGUCUCUUACUCGCCGCUGAACGUCUAUAUAAGGAGAACAGUUCAGAACUGUUGGAGCUAUCCAGUAGAAAUAAAGUUAGUUUAGUUUAGUAUAGUUUAAGUUUCCUCCUGUAGUAACACUAAAUUAGUAAUUAAGUGAGUUUAGUUUAGUUUAGGUUUUCUUCUGUAGUAAUACUAGAUUAGUAAGUUCACAGGGAAACCAGUUCAGAAUUUCGAACUGAUAGAGCUAUCCAGUGUAAGUAAAUGUUGGUUCAGUGUGGUGGGAUUUUAUAUCAACUAAUACAACUAUAUAAUAUUAUUUUCACAGGUGAGUUCAAUUGUCCCACGGAUGUGGCCGUGGACACCGCUGACGGUGUGACUGUGUGCGACAAUGUCAACAAUCGUGUCAGAUCCUCACGCAUGAGGGUGCAUUUCUGGGCAAAUUUGGCCGCGAGGGGGUUGGGAACGGUCAGUUCAAGAGCUCCUGGAGGGUGGCUGUGA